AUUCGUGGCCAAGUUCUGCUUCUCUCUUCUGCUCAGUCUGUGCUUCAUUUUCUCACUGCAUUAAAUUAUAUAUUUUUAAUUUUGGUUUUUUUUUUAUUUUUCUAAUAUGCAUAUUUCUGUGACAUUCAGCAAAUACCAAACUUAGCUAAAACUGGCGUAAGAACAAGUGACUCAAACGGAAAUUCGACGCGAAAACGGUGAAAAAAGAAAGAAAAACCGAACCGUACAAAAAUUAAUCGAUGCGUCUAUGAAUUUUGAGAACUGCAUGUGCAAUAUAAUCAGUUAAUCCAUUUUGAUCGCAAACACGCAUUAAGUACAAUUUAAACUAUGUAAAAAAAUAUGCCAUUAAAGUUGUAAUUGUUAAUUUGCUCAGUUUACGGCAAAGGCGCAUAGGGGCAAAGAUGAUGCAGACAGACAACAAAAGCAAUAAUAAAGUGCUCGAACCAAAAUAAAUACAUAGUAUAUACAUGCAUAUACAUAUGUAUGUAUAUCUAUCCAUCAGAAUAUAUAUACAUAAAUAUUAAAACUAUCUAGUGCAGCUGAUCAUACAAAUACAAAGAACCAACUUUAUAACAACAAAAAAUUUACAACCAAACAUUACGCACAGAUAACUCUCUCGAAUAUGUCGGACGGUGUUGGUAUAUUGCACAUCAAACAAGAGGUGGACACCUCUUCAUCAACAGGAACAACAGGAGUGGGAGGAGCCAGUACCAAUUCAUGCUACAGUCCAAGUUCAAAGGCAAACACAACAACGCCAGUAACCACAACAUCGUCAUCGGGAUCCACAACGGCUCUCAAUAACUCGAGUAAUAGUAAUAGUGGAAUGAAGUCCUCACCGUCCGUAUCGCCAGAGCGUCAGCUAUGCAGCUCGACUACAUCCCUGUCCUGUGAUUUACACAAUGUGUCCCUGAGUAAUGAUGGCGACAGUCCCAAAGGCGGCAGCAGUGGAGGAGGCGGUGGUGGAGUAGGUGGAAACAGCGGCGGCGGAUCGGGUACUCCAGGAAGUGCUGGGGGAGGCGGCGGAGGUGGAAGUUCUGUACGAGAUGAGCUUCGUCGAUUAUGUUUGGUGUGCGGUGAUGUAGCCUCGGGCUUUCAUUAUGGAGUGGCUAGCUGUGAAGCUUGCAAGGCAUUCUUUAAACGCACCAUUCAGGGAAAUAUUGAGUACACAUGUCCAGCGAACAAUGAAUGUGAGAUCAAUAAAAGGCGACGGAAGGCCUGUCAAGCCUGUCGCUUUCAAAAGUGCCUACUCAUGGGUAUGCUUAAGGAGGGCGUGCGAUUGGAUCGAGUUCGUGGCGGACGACAGAAAUAUCGUCGUAAUCCCGUGUCCAGCUCAUACCAGACAAUGCAAUUACUCUAUCAGUCCGGUACCACGUCCUUAUGCGAUGUAAAAAUCCUUGAAGUUCUCAAUUCCUAUGAGCCGGACACAUUGAGUGUACAAUCCUCGCCAAGUCAGCAACCGCACACGACCAGCUGUAAUGAUGAAGCCUCCUCCUCAUCGGGUAGCAUCAAGUUGGAGGGCAGCACUUCAGCAUCGACCCCCACGCCUAAUGGCACAUGCAUUUUUCAGAACAAUAACAAUGACCCUCAGGAGAUUCUUAGUGUGCUUAGCGAUAUCUAUGAUAAGGAGCUAGUCGGUGUUAUUGGCUGGGCGAAACAGAUCCCUGGGUUUAUUGAUCUUCCGUUGAAUGAUCAAAUGAAGUUGCUUCAAGUAUCGUGGGCUGAAAUACUUACACUGCAGUUGACAUUCCGAUCGCUGCCCUUCAAUGGGAAACUCUGCUUCGCCUCGGACAUGUGGAUGAAUGAGCUACUGGCCAAGGAAUGCGGCUAUACUGAAUUCUAUUAUCACUGUGUCCAAAUUGCCCAGCGCAUGGAGCGUAUAUCGCCACGGCGCGAGGAAUAUUAUCUGCUCAAAGCUCUUCUUUUGUCCAAUUGUGAUAUACUCCUGGAUGAUCAGAGUUCCCUACGUGCUUUUCGUGACACCAUCUUGAACUCGCUCAAUGAUGUGGUCUAUCUCUUGCGUCACUCAUCAGCAGUGUCGCAUCAGCAGCAAUUACUCCUGAUUCUGCCUUCACUAAGGCAGGCUGACGAUAUACUUAGACGUUUUUGGCGUGGCGUUGCUCGUGACGAGACCAUCACGAUGAAAAAACUAUUUCUAGAAAUGCUCGAACCGCUGGCCAGGUGAAAAAGAAACGGAGCUGCUAGUUUAAGAUUACAGACCAGGUGCAAAUACUAAUUUUUAAGGUGAUUGUGUGUGUAUACAGUAUACUUUAGUGUGUCAUAGAUCUUAAGACCAAAACUAUAGAUGGUAGCCAACCAAUUGUAUAUAAAUGAUAGACGAUAAGUCGAAGAUGAAGACGAGUAAAGUAAAUUGUAAAUGUCCCCGGGUAUAAUUAGACCAAGAAAAUGUCCAUUUACUCAUCUAGAAUCUAAUUCCAAAUUAGAACUGAAUGAAAGAUUGGGGAAACUGAUUCAAAAUAGAAGUCCAAUCCAUAUGCAGCUCUUGUUAAAGUUAA